CCAACUGAGAGACUCGUAGCUGAUGCUAGCCGCCAGAGAAAGAUGCUCGCUAGCGCUUCAUUUGGCCCUUCUACAAUCGUCACAUAGAUCCGACCUUCAUCUUGGUAAUCCAGACACUAUACUGGUAUUAUAAAGUACCUACGCAUGUGAUAAGAAUACCACAAAUAUCAGAAGAAUGGGCGCGUUUGGUUAAAUUGGAGGAUUAGCUUGAAAGCUACAUCACUGUUUUCGUUGAAAUUGCGGACCGUCAACCCGCCAGUUGGCUCACUACUGACGCCUAGCGAGCGGGAGCUUUGCCAGCCACUAUUCAUUUAUGUUUGUUAGUGAGAGAAUAACCGUCAAAUGUGCGCGUACGAACCUUCAUUGCUCAUAACUCAUUUAUGGUUUAAGGAAAAUAUUAGGUCGGAACUCAAACGAGUUGAAUGCAUGCAAACUUUCGCCCUCCGCGAGAGGGCAGUGCAGGCCACGGAGCAGGGAAGAAGAGCGGUACAAUUGGAACAUAAGAGUUCUUUUUCCCGUUUAUUUGAACACGUAUUCUCAAUACUACAAUGUCGGCCUGGUCUGAGGGAGUCCUGCAACUGCUCCGCAGGAUGAAUGGAUUUUACCUACAAGACUCCUUCCGAGCCAGCUGCCUACGGUUCGAGGUGGACGGGGUGCAGGUCGGAUGGGUUCCACCGGCGGUGGCAGCGCUGCUGACCCAGUUCCAAGAGGUCUUCACUCGGCCGCACGGUGGAGCUGUCACCCUCAGUCCUCAACUGGACUCCAGCGAGAGGCGCUCUGAGGCGGUGGACAAGGUUCUGAGGACACUGAGGGCCAACGGAUCCCCCGGCUGUUUAUCCGGGUGGAGGGAUGAGAAGUACAGCGUGAUGGCCCAGUUCUGCGACCCUCCGGUCAUGUGGAUGGAGAGAGCAGCCACAAGUCUGUUUGGAGUGAAGCGUUACGGCGUCCAUAUUAAUGGAUACACGGUGAGUGAGAGUGGAGAGGUCAGCAUGUGGCUGGCUCGACGGUCCCACACCAAGCAGACAUACCCGGGUCUCCUGGACAACAUGGCAGCUGGCGGUUUAGCUGCGGGUGUUGGCAUCAGACACACGCUGGUGAAAGAGUGCGAGGAGGAAGCCUGUAUCCCCGCAGCCCUUGCCGAGACCGCCCGACCCGUCAGCACUGUGAGCUACACGUACGUCGACGGCGAAGGCGUGUUUGCAGAGAGCCAGUUUGACUUUGACCUGAAACUCCCUGCUGACUUCACCCCCAGAGUGGGUGAUGGAGAGGUGCAGGACUUCUACUUGCUGCCCAUAGAAAAGGUCAAAGAGCUUCUGCCCACUGAUGACUUCAAACCCAACUCCGCCUUGGUGGUGCUGGACUUCCUCAUCAGACACUCGUAUAUUGAGCCGGACUCUGAGCCCUUUUACCAGGAGUUUGUCAGUGGACUGCACCAGACCUUGUGAUGUCUUCAGCAGCAAACAAAAAUGCCAGAAACAAACGUAACAGACCCAGUGCAGAGGCAUGUACUGAGCAAGUGUGGCAGGAAAACGGGCCUUCUACCUCAAAAUGCUUCUGUGACACCAAACCUUUUAACUUCAGUUUCAGAUGAGCCCAUCUGAACUGUAACAGCCUCAGGUCCUGUACGUGUCUAACCAUAACACCACCAGAAUAUAAUAAUAACCCUGUGUCGUAGCAGACCAUCAUGCUGAGAUGAUGCCAGUGCACCUAUAAAACCGUGACAUUUAAUGGAAUGUAAACUCACCAUCUGGUCUGGACACGCUGCCCACCAAGUGAUCCAAGCUGCCAGGCAGUUCUAACACAGACCUACGUGGGUAAGAGUGAGAUUUGAAAGAUAUUUUAAACAAAUUACUUUCUAAAAACAACACUAGAAAACACUUACUUUUCAGGAAGCAGAAAGUUGGUAAUAAUUACGUUUCACUUUUGGCGAACUGAUGGAAACAAAGCUGUAACACAACGGUGUUAAAUAGUUGUGCUUUAUUACAUUUUGUGAAGAUGAGUCGUCAUCUUCCGGGAAACUGUUUCUGCUGAACAGAAAAUAAAUAAAAAGAAGACAAUC